AUUAUGAAUUUGGCCAACAUACGAUUAAUAACCUUUGACGUGACCAACACGUUGUUGAAUUUCCGUGUCCCAGUAGCCCUUAAAUACGCCGAGGUGGCGCAAAAACACGGAAUCGUUUACGAAAAGGAUGUACUAACGAAAAACUUAAAUUCAGUAAUGAAAAACAUGAUGAAAGACCACCCAAACUUCGGCCGUGCAACUAAGUUGGGCUGGAGGAACUGGUGGAGAACCGUGGUGGUUAGCACGUUCGAAACAACCUCACCCUCAACGGACAAACUCAAACUCGAGGUCAUCGCGGACGUUUUAAUAAAAACUUUCGAAACCGAAGAUUGUUGGGAAGUUACCGCCGGAAGCGAAGACUUGCUGUCGUUCUUGCGAAACGCCCACGUCACCAUGGGGGUGAUCUCGAAUUUUGACCCCCGACUCAACACCCUGCUUACCAAUAUGAAAUUGCGGCGGUACUUUAGUUUCGUUUUAACGUCCUACGACGUCGGCUUUGAGAAGCCCCGACCUGAAAUAUUUAACGAGGCCGUAAGAGUAUGCGGGAUUAAUGAUAUCAAUUCCCGGGAGUGUUUACAUAUUGGAGACAAUCUUGCUAAGGAUUAUUACGGGGCGACGGGUUGCGGUUGGCAAGCCGUGUUAUUAAAUGCUAGGAAUUUCGAUAAGGGCAAAACAGACGGCGGAGUUAACACUUCUCGUGUGUUUGAAAGUGUCACUUCUCUGUUUGAGCACUUUAAAAAGUGUAACCAGAAUUUAAUUCGCAGGAUAAAAUAAACGUUUCAAUCAGUUAAUUUGUGAUAUUAUUGUUUUAAUCAAUAAAACAUUUAA